CCCUAUUUUUCACGAGUAAAUUACUCUGAUUCUCUGAUUUUCAGAGUUGAUUUUGUGUACCACCCUUACGCCUCUGGACCGCCGAGCUGGCCCACGUCAUAUGUUGCCAGACCCACCCUUGCUGGCAGAUAACCUUCUCUCCUAUUGGACACUAGUGUAUUUUUUACGCAGGUUUCGGCGCCACACCCGAGUUUACCACGUCGACUGUUGCCACACUUGUACUCGCUUAGAGCCUCUGCCGCUCCCGAGUCUAAGCAGCGACGAAUGGGAGCGUGAAAUGGAAGAGGCGGAUCUGUCGGUUGACAAGCCGGCAGAUCCUCCACCUCCGGAUCCUGUGCCCUCGUCGCCGGCAUCUGCAUCAACAUCGUCGGCUAAGAAGAGACGACGAUACCAGCAGAGACAUCUGCCCUUCGCGCCUCCUCCCAAGAUAACGCCGCCAGCAACCCCUGCCCCCGUCGUUGAAGCAGAGCGACCCCUCGCACCAACGUCGGCCGAGAUGAAGGCCAAAGCUUAUCUUGCUGCUCAGAAGAAAUAUACCUCAGAUUGGCAUGGAAGGUUUCCUUGGCUCGUCUUGGAUAAAACUGACGAUGGCUCACCCUGUUUACGUUGCAGUGUGUGCAUGCAGCAUGGCAAGCCGACAGCCCGCUACGGUCGCGAUGGGCCUGGCGGCAGGGACUUACAGAUUGGCAGCAUGCGGUGGCACGAGGAGAGCACCAAGCAUGAGGCGUGCGUGCAGAAGCAAGCUCACCUUGACAAGGAAAUCGAGAGCCAGAAGCGCAUGGACGACUUCGCCAAGAACGACCCCGAUGCCGCCCGCGUCAUCAGACUUCUACGCUCCAUGCUAUUCAUCUGUAAGGAAGAUGCUCCGAUUUCAAUGUUCACACGUCUAAUCGGUCACCUGUCGCAGGAGGGGGUGAAGGACAUACCCAAGCAGACUUACGGCGCGUACAUCACGAAGUAUGGAUUCAGGGAGAUGGUGAAAGCCAUGGUGGCUUUCUUGAAGGCACAGCAGAUGGAGCACAUCCACUCCUCCCCGUUCAUCGGCAUCAGCUGCGACGAGAGUACCGACCGCACCCGCGGAAAGCACCUCAUCGUCUUCGGCACCUUCUUAAAGAAGCGGCGCGUCGUCACUGAGUUCUUGAGCCUGCUCACCAUCGACAAGUGUGAUGCUGCGUCGCUCCAGUCUGUCCUGCUGGGUCACCUGGAAGGGAGUGGCAUUGAGCUUCAAAAGAUCGCCGGUAUUAGCACCGAUGGGGCAUCGGUGAUGACCGGCGAGAAGAACGGGCUCGUCGCUCGACUCCGACUGCGUAUCCCGCACCUUGUCGGUUGCCAUUGCAUCGCACAUCGAGAAGCGCUGGCGGUCAAAGACGCCUCCAACUCCUUCCCCGACCUGUUCAUCGUCGACGUUAUCAUCCGAGCUUUCGGGGAAAUCGUCGGUCGCUCGACUCCGUGGAUUCUCGGCGCAGUCAUCGUCGUCUUCAUCGAGUACAAGCACAAGCACGUUGCGCUUCUGAAGUCCUUCAAGUUCCACUUCUGCCUCAACUUCCUCGCCGACAUCCUCGCUGAGCUCAACACUCUGAACAGGUUUUUCCAGCGCCGCACGAAUAUGGCGCUGUUUGACAACAAGCUGCCAGGAGUCGAACUGCGAGCGAUGGAGUUGGAGCUGAAGACCUUUUGCCACAUCAUGAAGACUCAUCGCAAGGACGACGACUUCGCCCAGGGUUUGGCCAAUAUGAAGAAGACGAAGGACUGGUCCAAGUCGUACCCGAACCUGAUGCGGAUGUGGCAGGCGCUGGCGGUGUUGCCCUUGAGCACCGUCGAGUGCGAGCGCGGAUUCUCACGGCAGAAUGUCAUCAAAGGAUGGCAUCGCACAAGCCUGUGCGAUGCCACCCUUGGUGAGUUGAUGACCAUUAGCAUGCUGGACUACGACAUGGACUACCCCCAGAUCGUGGAGAAGUGGAGGCGCAUUAGGCACCGUAGGCAAGCUACGAAUGUUGAAUUUGAGCAGGAAAUUCCCCUCUUCCCACAGCAGAAGGAUGUUGUAGAGAGCUCAGACGAUGAGAGUGUCGGAGGUGGGAGUGAGGAUGACAACGUGGAUGAUGAUUAUUAGUUAUGUAAUAUUGUGCUAUGCUUUAUUACUAA